CACGUCAAAACAUUGAAGCAGCUGCUCUGAACUGUCAAAGGCAAGUCAGAUGAUAAUAAGUUGUUUGGCGGUGAAUUGGAGUAAAUAAAAGUAAAUAGUUCGUUGAUUUUAGUCCAUCUGUAAAGUUUAGAUACUUUGAAGCUUUUCCUUUAUUUCAAUCAUCUCGACUGGCAGUUUUGGGAUUUAUUAAAAUCGGGCAAGAAUGGGGUCGACGAACGACGCUCAAACCGCUAAAACCCGCAGGACUCAAAAGCGAAAAAUGAAGAGAAAGAGGCAAAGGAUAAGAAUUGCGGAAAAGGCUUUGAAGAGGGCCUUGAGGAUCGUAUCGGACGGCGAAACUCAGAUUGGCGGUCCUUCAACUUCCCGAGCAAAAGCAAAAAAUAUCCAACAAAAGGUAGCAAAAAAGAAAAGGAAGAAGACUCCUCGACAGAAACAACUGAUAUCGAUUUUGAAGCGAAGACAGCAAAGAUCUGCGAAAGCGCGUAGAAAAGACAAAGUUAUAAGAGAUAAUCUAUUUCUAAGAGAUACAGAAGCACUGAAUGCCGCUUGGAUGAAAGCGAAGUCAGAAAUGAAAUCGAAAGCAUUCAACAAGAGGCGCUCCAUCUUACUUAAGCGAAUAGAUAGCGAUUGCAUUUUGAUUGAAGAUACGCCAGAGGUUAUCGUAAUUGACGACGAUGAUUAUGCAAAUAGUAGCAGAUUAUCUCAUACAGAAAAUGUAGAUCCUAACGAAAAACAAAUUUCGGAAACUAGAGAGUCUUUGCGAAAGUGCUCGCUAACAACGGGUCCCAUCAAAAACACAAUCUCAAGAAACAAUCAAGCUGAUACUGUUGAUAUCUGUGAACUCACUGAUGACACUGCAUUAGUUGAGAACAUUUCAAUUUCUAGUUCAGAGAGUGAUGACACCGUCGUUGAUAUGGAAAUUGUCUCCGAUGUUAAAAGUAAUAUCCCCAAAGUUGCAACUUUGGAAAACGAUUCUUCAAAAGAUGAUAACAACAAAGGGGAGAACAACUCGAAUCUAUUCUUCGAGGACACCAAAGCUAAUCCUACACUCAAAGAAAGUGAUAUUCCUCUUUAUAUCUCAACUCCACUUGUCCCAGGUGCCCUUUUGGAAAAUUCACCCAUACCGAAAGAUGUCAUUUUCAUUCCGCAUACGCCGACUGUCGCAGAACCGAAGAAGAAACGCAAACGAAGAGAUGAUUCUGUAAUAUUCGUUAGUGAAACCGUUGCCUCGCCGAGUGUUACAAAUAAUAAUAAUAAUAAGGAAUAUUUAACUUUGGAUACAAGUGACGAUCCUUCAAGAAAGCAAGUUGUCAGGGCGCGAGAUGGGGUAAAAAUAACAAAGCUUAGGAAAAAACGCCCAGUGCCACCCGCUCCUAACAUUAGUAAGGGUGAAACUAGCCCUGUCACCCCUGUAAAGAAUGGGACUAAGCCGAGUUCUGAUUUGUUCACGGCUUCUGAGCGUAAACGCAAUGAAAUCUACAAUUCGAACACGUUCAAUCCAAAUAAAGAGACUCCAAAGCCAGGUAAACGAAUGGUCAUAAUAGAUGGCUCUAAUGUCGCUUGCAGUCAUUCAUUGAAUAGACAGUUUUCAGUGAAAGGCCUAGAAAUUGUGAUAAAAUAUUUCGAAAAAAUGGGUCAUGAAGUAAAGGCGGUUUUGCCGCAGUUUCGACUGAAGAAAUCAAGCUCGACAGACCCACAAACAUUGGAAAGACUUCAAAAACAGGGUAAGGUUGUCCUUACACCAUGCAAAAAUCUUCCGGGAAAGAGCUGCACAUCAUAUGAUGAUCGUUUUAUUCUUCAGUUAGCCAUCGAAUUCGAUGCAGCCGUAGUUUCCAAUGACAACUAUCGCGAUCUUAUUGACGAGAAUCCAGCAUUUAAAAAAGUGAUUGAAUCACGAGUAAUUGGCUACACAUGGUGUAAGGAUAUGUUCAUGUUACCGAAAGAUCCGUAUGGUCGAGCUGGUCCUAGUUUAAGCGUAAUUUUGAAUCGAGUAUAAACGUUUUUUGUUACCGGAGUUAUUUUAAGUUCAUAUAAGAUGUACAUACAUUUCACCUGGAAUUCAUUUUUUAAGUCUCUUCGGUUUACGUUUAAUAAUAUUUUGAUAUGUUUUUUUCAAACGCUCUGUAAUGUGUAUUUGUAGUUCGCGUUUAAGGGAAUAUAUAUUAUAUCGAUCUGAAAAAAAUGCUUAUUAAUGCUGACUUACCAACCGGAUGCUUUUUUAUCCUGUAAGAAGUAGUUUCCUUCUAUUUUCUCGUCGGAAAUGGUAGUCCUAUAUCAUAAGCGAACGUAUUCAGUGGUGCCUAUUGAUUUCAAUUUAUUUGGAUUAAUGUCUCACAAUCUUAUGCUCUAAAAAGAAUAAAUCUUUAAAUUUGGUAAACACGAAAAUUGCAUGUCAAUGCUUUAUGCCAUAUUUUUCAUGAAAAUCAAAAAAAGAAAAUAGUGUUGAAUGUGUUUGUCAUCUCCUAUAAGUUUUAUUUCAGUACUUUGGAUUCUAAUAUUUUAUAGUGGCGUUCGAAGAAACUCCAAAGAAAUAGAAAAAUGAUUUCUGCUAUCGAUGGUAUCCUUUACUAAGACUGAAUUCAGAAAGUAAGAAGAGAAAUUAAUAUAAUAUAUUUUACGGAAUAUUCUUGUGAAGAUAAUGAAACAUUUUUGUAAUAAAAGACUUCUAAAUGUUGG